UAAAAAUUUUUGAGUUGGGUAAUUUCUUCAGUGUAGUUGCGAGCGACGUCAGGCGGUUCAAUUUUCUUACGUGUGUUUUUCCGGGGGAUUAGUGUCUUCUGUAUUUCUAGAAUUAAGUAGUAGGGAUUCUUCACAGUCACAGCUACCAUGAACAGUAUAUUUCAUGUCCUCAUCUACACUGUCCUCCUCUACCUGCAUAAGGCUGUUAUUGCAGUGGAGCUCACCUUCGAGCUUCCAGACAAUGCCAGAGAAUGCUUCUACCAAGAGAUCGAGAAGAAUAAAUCCGCCACCCUAGAGUUCCAGGUGGUCACCGGAGGGCAGUAUGAUGUUGACGUGACACUGGAGUCCCCAAGGAAGGAGAUCAUCUACAAACAAAUCAAGACCCAAUUCGAUUCUCAUCAAUUCACAGCCUCAGAAACCGGAAUUUACGUGGCGUGUUUCAGCAAUGAAUUCUCCACCUUCUCCCACAAGCUGGUCUACAUGGACUUCCAAGUGGGCGAUGGGGAGCCAGCUUUGCCAGGAAUUAGCGAACACGCCACCGUCCUUACGCAAUUCCAAACAUCCGCUGAGGAAGUCCAUAAGAGUCUCAAUCAGAUCCUCGACUACCAGACCCACCAUCGCCUACGAGAGGCUCAGAGCCGAAAGCGCGCUGAAGAGCUCAAUGAGCGCGUCUUCUGGUGGUCCUUCUUCGAGCUCUUUGCUAUUCUUGUCAUCACAGUUACGCAGGUGAUUGUCCUCAGGAAUUUCUUCACAGAACGAAAACCCAGUCAAAUGGGCGCGAAGUUUGUGGGAUAGAUGUGAGACUAAAAACCUAUGGGAAUCAUUAGGGUGUAAUUCAUGGAUGCUGAAUGUGCUUAAAACAAAUUAAGAGCAAAGACAGAAGAAGUAAAUGUUGUGCAACAGUUUUCUUUGCAAAGAAAGAUACAUCAAAAAUGA